CCACUUUAUUUCUUUGUAGUCAAAUCAAGCACAAAAAAAUUUUGUUUAUAAGGAUUAUAAUAUUAUUAGAGAGAAAACUUCGUUUACGUUUACAGAAGUGAAACAGCCUAGGAAUCUCUCCCCAGCUGCUAAGCAUGGCUUGCCAGGUAAGUAUUGCAGAAGGAGUAAUACAAGGCAAGGAGUGUACCACAUUUGAAGGGAUCAAAUAUUACAGCUUCGAAGGGAUCCCCUAUGCCAAGCCUCCUGUUGGAAAACUACGGUUCAGGGACACGCAGCCUCCGGAAAGCUGGUCAGGCGUCAGAGAUUGCACAAAACCAGGCAACAAAUGCGCCCAGAUGAAUCCGUACUCGUUCAAAGGGUUUGAAGGCUCCGAAGACUGCUUGUACUUAAACGUUUACACACCGAGCCUGCCUGCUGAGAAAUUGAACGAACUCCCUGUAUUAUUCUUCAUACAUGGAGGCAGAUUAUUGAUCGGUUACGGAGAUUAUUACCAACCUGAUCUGUUUAUGAAGCAGAAUGUUAUUUUAGUGACGAUAAACUACAGGUUGCACAUAUUAGGGUUUUUAUGUUUGGAGACUCCAGAAGUGCCUGGUAACGCUGGAAUGAAGGAUUGUGUAGCGGCUUUAAGAUGGGUCAGAAGGAAUAUUAGACGAUUCAACGGUAAUGAGAACAAUGUAACUGUGUUCGGAGAAAGUGCAGGAUCUGCUCUUGGUGCUGGUUGUCUUUCGUCAAAAAUGAGUGUUGGGUUGUUUCAUAAAAUUAUAGCGCAAUCAGGUCAUACGCUUGGUGAUGUAUUCUUUUCUGUCCAAGAUAACGUUGGCAUGGCCAAGUUUAUAGCGUCUAAAUUCGGCAAAGAUUUUAAAACUGUACCUGAGUUGUAUGAAUUCUACCAAAACUUGCCUAUCGAAGAAUUAGUGACAACAUACAGUUUCAUAGAAAGAGAUCCUCCAGUUUUGAACCCAAUUCUCAUGGGGGUGGUGGAGAAAAAGUUUGAAGGGGUCGAAAACUUCUGGGAUGAGUCUCCGUUAGACGUAAUCCGUUCUAACAGAUUCAUCAAAGUACCCACAUUAUUCGGUUCCAACAUGUACGAGGGAGCAGCUUUUGUGAGAACAGACGAAAAUGGGAUAGUUUUUGAAAAGGAUUUCCAUAAAUUUGCACCGAUGUACUUACAUCUCAGUGAACACGACCCAAAAAGGCAUAAAAUUGGAAAAGCAAUCAAGCGACACUAUUUCAAAAAUAAGGAAUUAAACGAUGACUUGAAAUUGGAUUAUUUACAAAUGCUGUCAGACGCGUACUUUAAUAGAGAUCAGACUUAUUUCGCUGAAUUGAUAUCUAAACAUAGCAACGAACUAUACUUUUACAAGUUUCAUUAUUUUGGCAAUUUGAACAUAAGUGUAAUGAAGAAUCUUGGAGUCAAAGGCUCGACCCAUGGAGACGCAAUACAGUAUCAAUUUUACAGGAAGAAUAAGACUGAGAAAUGUGACAAAAGAGAUUGGGCUAUGGUGAAUUUUUUCAGAGAAGCGUGGACUAAUUUUGCAAAAUAUGGUAAACCAUCAUGGAGCAACCAAAAGCUGGAAUGGACGCCUUACGAUCCUAAAGAGAAGAAAAUGUUGGUAAUUAACGAUGAAAUUACACUUACGAAGAAUAUUGACUGGGAUAAUUAUAAGUUUUGGGUCGAAGUGUGUGGGGAAAUGUCCAAGUUAUAGAGUAGUUGACUAUCAAAUCAUCAUCAGGUCAUUUAAUCUCCAGUUCAGGAGCACGACCCUCUAAUUGACCAGAGGCAAGAGGAUUUGUCCUACACUCCCCACGCUGGCCAGACGGGUUGGGGAUAUCUCCAAUGAAUGAAGCUAUUUAUGGGGUCACAGUGGUUUAGACAUGAAUACGUAAGUUUACUUUCGCAUUUAUACACUCGCGAGCAAAACUAUGGAAUCAUCCCAUUCGUUUUGAGCAAGCAAAAUAAAUUUUAUAAAAUCCGAUUUGUAUGAAAAUUAAAAUAAUUAAAAUGAAGAUAUCAAUUUUCUGACUUCACCAUACCAUUUAUAUGACCAUGUUAACAUGGGUUAGUGUCGGCUCAUAUACCCAUUUACCUAACACCCUGUAUAGCUAUGCGUAUGCUAUAUCUGACUAUAAAUGAGCUUAUUACGUUUUGUAUGACAUGAUUAAAUUUGAUUAACACAUUGAACGCCAACGCGGUCAAUGUUGUCCGACACUGCACUUUCCUACCA